AUGAUUCCGCGACACUCUCACAAGCGGUCGCUGUCUUCCGAGCACCGAGCCUUGGGAGCGUUAGUCCCCGACAAGACCGUUACCAAAGCCAAGUCGACCACCGAUCUUACCCAAGUUACUUCCCACGACUCCGACCGCUCCCUUUCCAAGUUCGAAGAAAACAAUUUCAACACCUUGCAGGACCCACGUUUGUCGUCGAGCGCAGAGGUCUCAGAAUCGACGUCAUCUUCUCACCACCCCGACCUGAGCAAUGAGGUUGCCGCGUUAAGUGUGAAACUGAUCCAGGCGAUCAACAACCAAACGACAUUGGACGAUAACCUGGUUGCCACGCGCCAGGAAUUGGAGGUUGCCCAGGGCAAAAUCACCGCGCUGGAAUUCCAAAACGAAAAAUACCGCCGCGACAUCGAUCAAAAGGUCUACAUCAAAAAGGCCGAUUCAGACCGCGAAAUCCUACAAUUGAAGGCGGCGCUCGCGGAGGAGAAAGCCCAACGUGCAGUGGCCGAGAAGGGGAAGAAAUCCAUUGAGCAAGAGCUCGAGACCCUAACCGCCGAUCUCUUCGAGGAAGCCAACAAGAUGGUUGCUGCGGCGAAGAUUGAGCGGGAGGCUGUGGAGAAGAAGAACGAGCAAUUGCGCUCACAGAUCAAAGACACCGAGUCUCUCCUCGCAUCGCAUCAGGACCAGCUAGCGGAGCUCAAAUCCGUCAUGCAAGGGAUGCACCUCUCCAAGGAUGAUCUGGACAGCCGCACCAACGCUUCGACAGCUCCUCCGUCUCCAGCAGGAGCUCCACACACGCAGGGCUUUGCCAAGCAAGACCCUGAGAUGGAGAACUGCGUCCCCACCCCCUUUAAACCGAACGAACUGACCCCUGGACCAUCGUGCAAUUUCCCAGAAAUGAUCCGCAUGGUUUGCCGUGCCGAUUUGCCGGCAUACGAUGAUUUCCGGGACUUACUGGUUCUCUCCCGUACCUCCAAGCCCCCCAGCCGCGCGGGUAGUGGGUCAUAUGCAGGCUUGAAUGUGAUGAGCUUGGCAAGCUUCGCGACGGGCGGAUCUAAUUCCGUCACUUCAUCACCAACCAAGGGCAUGGCUCACUCCCCUAAUGGCAGCAUGUCUUCACAAACCGGUUCGCAUAUCCCAUUGAAGGAUACGCGUUUCUACAAGCGCGUGCUUAUGGAGGACAUUGAGCCUACAUUGCGACUUGAUCUGUCUCCAGGGAUCUCCUGGCUCACUCGACGUACUGUUCUGAGUGGGAUCUGCGAGGGUACACUUGUCGUGGAGCCGAUGCCAUUAUCGACCAAGAAGUACGAGUUUCCUUGCUCUGUCUGUGGUGAACGCAGGCCCGGAGAUCACAACGAACGCACGCAUAGAUUCCGUACGUCCGAAAGUGAAACAGCUCAGCGAUAUUCGCUGUGUAUCCAGUGCUUGGAACGAAUCCGCUCGUGCUGCGAGUUUACCGGCUAUCUGCGUCUUAUCCUUGACGGACACAUUCGCGCCGGUGAUGCCGACGAGGAGAAGGAAGUGUGGGAAGAGACGGUCCGGCUGCGCGAGCGCAUGUUCUGGUCUCGAAUUGCGGGUGGUAUUAUCCCCCUCGCCAUGAAACCCGUCGAUCCCGAGAAUGGAGCGCAGAACGGCAUGCCGAGCAUCGUUGCGAGCGGUUUAUCGGAUUUCGAGGACCAGGAUAUUCCUGUCCCGGUGGACGUAACCAUGAGGCCGCAUAGCAAGGAUGGCAUUGCUGAUGAGACGACUCAACCUACGGCACCGAUUCCCACAACCACGCUCUCUGUCCCUGAACCGGACCCGCCUAGGCCCGAAACGCCUGAGCUGCCCACCCUGAAUCCUCACCACGAUGAUGCCUCUGCGGACGAGGCCCAGCAACGGCGCGGCUCUGUUGAUUCUGACAUCAGUGUCUACGAAGAAGCCAAUGCCGAUGUGGAGGUCGAAGUCACCCCAGAGGAACCAGAGCGGACCGAGCAGAAGACCGAGGAAACGGCGGAGCAAACAACACAGUUCGAACCUGUUGUCCAUGAGCCUUCGUCUACUUCUGCUCACGCAGAGCAACCAACCCAGCCCGAACGCGCCGUCCAUGAACCGUCAUCUACUUCAUCUCACGCGGAUGACGCCGAAGUUGGAGAUGCCGACACCAAGCGUCCCUCCACCUCGACAUGA